CCAGCGAUUGGUCCCUUACAGAAGCGGCCGCCCACUGCAAAGUUUGCGCUAAUUUGCUGCCGAUGUUGCUUUGUCUGUAUAUGCGCAACUUUUUGAGCGAAUCUAAUAAGUUACAUAUAUUUUUUCCCCGAGCUCCUGACUUUUUUUCCCGAAGUGCAUCGCGUUUACCGAACCAUUAAAUAGUAAUGUUUUAAAUACCUAAAAUGCGCAUUUAGCUGUCGAACCAGUUCUGGAUGUUUACCGAAGAAGUACGCGCGAUCACUAACUGGACGUAGUUGUGAAGCGAUGAAUGUGUAAACUGGGGUGGCGGUGCACCGAAAGAGGACAGCUUCAAUGUGUUUCAAGCCAAGCAUGAAAGUAACUUAACCCUAAAGCGAGGAUGAGGGUGGCGGCUGAGUGAGGUGGGGACCGAGCUCUCCACCCUCAUGUACAGAAAAGACUGAGCAUUACCUCCUCUCCAUCAUGGCAAGUGCGCUAGCAUCAAGGAUGGGUCUAAACGCCUUAUGGAAAAAAACGCCAAAGACCUUUAAUGUCACAAUAGCAACAAUGGAUGCCGAUUUGAAAUUUAGUUGUGAGGCUAAAUGGAAGGGCCGGGACCUCUUCGACUUGGUGUGCCGGACGCUGGGCCUACGAGAGACUUGGUUUUUUGGGCUUCAGUACAACGUGAAGGACACUGUAGCCUGGCUUAAGAUGGAUAAGAGGGUCUUGGACCAUGACAUUCCCAAGGAGGAGGGAGUCACCCUGAACUUCCUGGCCAAGUUCUUCCCAGAGAACGCGGAGGAGGAGCUGGUCCAGGACAUCACCCAGCACCUCUUCUUCCUGCAGGUGAUGAAGAUGAUCCUGGAUGAAGACAUCUACUGCCCCCCCGAAGCAUCUGUCCUGCUGGCUUCCUAUGCUGUUCAAGCAAAGUACGGUGACUAUGACCCUGGCCUUCACAAGCCAGGCUUUCUCGCUCAGGAACAGCUUCUGCCCAAUAGGGUAUUAAAUCUGUACCAGAUGACUCCGGAGAUGUGGGAAGAGAGAAUAACUGCUUGUUACGCUGAACACAGAGGGAAGACCAGAGAUGAGGCAGAGGUGGAGUACCUGAAGAUAGCUCAGGACCUGGAUAUGUAUGGAAUCAGCUAUUUUUUCAUAAAGAACAAAAAGGGAACUAACCUGUUGCUUGGGGUCGAUGCCCUGGGGUUGCACAUAUUUGACCCGGAGAACAAGCUGACGCCCAAGAUCUCCUUUCCCUGGAACGAAAUCCGCAAUAUUUCUUACUGCGAUAAAGAGUUCACCAUCAAGCCCCUGGACAAGAAGACGGACGUUUUCAAGUUCAACUCGUCAAAGCUGAGGGUAAACAAGCUGAUCCUCCAGCUGUGCAUCGGGAACCAUGACCUGUUUAUGAGGCGGCGUCGAGUGGACUCCCUGGAGGUGCAGCAGAUGAAGACUCAGGCCCGUGAGGAGAAGGCCCGGAAGAGGAUGGACCGCCAGCGGCUGGUCAGGGAGAAGCACCUCCGCGAGGAGGCUGAGCGGGAGCGGGACGAGCUGGAGAGGAAGCUGCUGCAGAUGCAGAGCGAGGCCCAGAUGGCCAACGAAGCCCUGCUGCGCUCCGAGGAGACGGCCGACCUGCUGGCAGAGAAAGCCCAGAUAGCUGAGGAGGAGGCCAAGCUGCUGGCCCAGAAGGCCGCCGAGGCCGAGCAGGAGAUGCAGCGCAUCAAGGUGACGGCCAUCCGCAGCGAGGAGGAGAAGAGGCUCCUGGAGCAGAAGAUGCUGGAGGCGGAGAUCCUGGCGCUGAAGAUGGCCGAGGAGUCGGAAAGGAGGACCAAGGAGGCCGACCAGCUGAAGCAGGACCUGCAGGAGGCGAGAGAGUCUGAGCAGAGGGCCAAGAAGAAGCUUCUGGAGAUCACCAGCCGGUCGGCCUACACGCCGGCCCACCCCCCUUCCGGCGCCCUGCCACCAGACAUCCCCGGGGGGGGCGUGAGCUCCGAGAACCUCUCCUUCGAUUUCAAGGACACUGACAUGAAGCGGCUGUCCAUGGAGAUCGAGAAGGAGAAGGUGGAGUACAUGGAGAAGAGCCGGCACCUCCAGGAGCAGCUCAAUGAGCUCAAGACGGAAAUUGAGUCACUGAAGCUGAAGGAGCGGGAGACGCCGCUGGACAUCCUCCACAACGAGAACACGGAGCGGGGCAACAGCAAGCAGAGCAGCUUCAAGAAGCUGACCCUUCAGAGCACCAAAUCCAGGGUGGCUUUCUUCGAGGAGCUCUAGACCCGACGGAAGGUGGAAGGAGGAGAAGGUCACCCGGAACUCCAGCCCAAAUGAGCCCAGAUGUGAAGCUUUAGAGAAGCUCCGCUUGACCGGAGCUUACAGGAUGCAGAUGAAUUAACCCGGACUGGUGAAACCAACACUUAUGCUCUGAUCUGCGUUGGCAAAACAUGUGAUUGGUGUUUUUAUUAUUUUUUAUUAUUCUUAAUAAUUUGUUUCAUUUUUAUCUCUGUCCAUGUGAAGGUUUACAAACGCUUUUAAUGAGUCUUAAAAUGGCUGAAGUGAUCAUUGUCAAAAGUUGUGGAGAAAAGAAUCACAUUAAACUUUGAAGGUUUCUUUGUAUUAUUCCA